AACAACCGCGCCCUCUGCUCUGGUCUCCGGGCGGGUUACAGGACAUGAGCUAAAGAUGGAGCCAAUGUUCAGUCCGGCGCUUCACAGGCAGAGACAUCAAUUUGUCAUCGAUUUUGUCAAGCAGAACAAACCCAAAAAGGUGGUGGACUUGGGCUGCAAUGAGUGUACCCUCCUCAAAACGCUCAGGUUUCACCGCGAAAUCGAGCUUCUGGUCGGAGUGGACGUGAACGGCGUGAUAGUCAAGAAAAAGAUGCAUGGAUUAGCUCCUCUAUCAACCAACUAUCUGCAGCCAAGUUAUGAUCAGCUAUGCAUUGAGCUGUACCAGGGCUCAGUCACUCAAAAAGACGCCCGCCUCAGAGGAUUUGAUCUGGUCACCAGUAUAGAACUCAUUGAGCACCUCACUCUCACUGAUGUGGAGCUCUUCUCUGAGGUGGUGUUUGGUUACAUGACCCCGAAGAUGGUCAUCAUCAGCACCCCAAACUCUGAGUUCAACGUCUUCCUGCCUGGAGUGUCCCGCUACAGGCACAGUGACCACAAAUUUGAGUGGACCAGAGCAGAGUUCAGAUCCUGGGCUAUGAAGGUGUGUUUGGAGUACGGUUAUGAGGUGGAGUUCACUGGUGUGGGAAAAGCACCACAUGGCCAACAGGAGGCAGUUGGCUUCUGCUCCCAGAUUGGUGUAUUUCAUCGGCUCAUGGGGAGAGAUUGCUGCAACAUGUUGCUUGGCAGCGAUGCAGAGGAUGUGUUUUCAUACACAUUGCUUUAUAGUGUAAACUACCCCAGCCUGCACAACAACAACAUCUUGCGCAGAGUCCUGGUGAGUGAAGUGCUGUACUGGGCAGAAGAACUAAAGAAAAGAUGGAUGGAGGAGCGGACUGGCGAGACAUGCGGUGAACUUGUAUUCUGCCAGACUGAGGGAGGAGCAUGUGCAGAGGACAUGAAAGGUUUAGUGGAUUGGAGUGAUGCGUCAGGCAGCGGGCAAAAACAGGGUUCUUGUACAUCACGCAGGUGUGUGGCUGUACCCCUGGACGUAUUGUGGUCCUGCUGUCCCAAAGUUAGUGUGCUAAGUGGAAGUCUUUGCAAUCUCAGAUAUCUGCUGAUGGAUGAGCCGAACGUUAAACUGAGCCAGGAUGGCUCUGCUGUGCUAUUAAAUGAUUACGAAGAAGACAAGGAAGAAGAGGAUGAUGACUGCAAUUUGGAGGACAGCGGGUAUGCAAAGGCCAGCCAGCACAGCCACAGUGCUGAGCAAGAGGAAGACUGGGAGGCAAAUGACUGACGUGGAGGAUGCAGCUGUGGUUCUGGGACCAGCAGGUACCAGUGUGGCAUUCCUUACAGGAGAUCGUGUCACUUCACUGAUCAGCAUUACUGUUGCUGCUAAUAAAGUGGCCAGUGUACCAGCAGAACAAACGCAUAACCACAUACACUCACACACACACGUCCACACAUCAGAUAGCUCAGUUCGUCAUAGUAAAAUAUUCCCACUUCAAAAUUCACCAUUGGGUGCCGGCGUGCCAACAACUACUUUUUGAGGAGCUUAUCAGCAGAGAUUAAAUCCUAUUUGAAAAAAGGAAGUUCAAAACAAACACCAAAGGAAUGUCCUGAUAAGAUGUGAUAUGUUUUCAGUUUGUUCUGUUUCCAUGUGCCGUCUGGAGAAGAGAGGUUGUUUUUCUUUCAGUUUACAGGAGUUUCGGUAUGUUUGAGUUUACAGAGAGCCAGAAUUAAAAACUACACAUGCAUGUGAACUG